UCAUACCCUUUAGCUUCGUCGAAAUACAGGAAUAACCCAUCGGAAGUUCUCGGACAGAUCAUACUUUUAAUGAGAACUAACUGAGGACUCUCGAAUAUAAUUUAGAUCAGAAAGAUGUUUGAGUAUGGGGAGUAUUAUUUUUACUAAGUGAGAUUUUAAAAGCGUCUAAAUUACUGCGAAAUUUGGCGGAAAAUGAUGGCAGCAUCUGAAGAGAGUUGUAGUUUGACAUUUUUAGAUACUUCUGCACAGAAUUUAAAGGAAAGUAAUGAUGUUAAUGAAGUGUAUAGAGAUGUUUCAAAGUGGACCCAGGUAGAUUUAAAUAAAUUAGGAAUCCACUACAGCGAAUACGACAUUUCUCUUCGUCGGCUUGAGGAGCUUGCCAAAAAAUCAAGUUGCACUCAACAAAAUUCAUCAGGAAUAACACGGGUGCCAGCAUGUUUGUCAACACUAGAAAACUUUUUGACAGAUCAUUUCAAAUUAUGUAUUCCACAUGACAAUUUGAAGAGACAUCUGCCGCGACAAAAUGUAGUGGAAUAUUUACAAUACAUAAGUGAAAAUCGUCAGAAAUUGUGGGAGGAUUUGUCAAUGUUUGAAAAACAAACUAACAUGGGCGAUGAAGAGAAACGAUUGUUGAAUGUGUUGCAUUUGAAAGUUCAGGAUUACUUGACCAGUCUGGGUAGAUUCAUGGUGGCACGAGGGGAUGGUCCUGUCCCAGAUAUCACGUACACACAGCUUGUCAUGGAUUUCCUGCGUAUUUUCUUUCUGUUCCCACAACUUGGAAAAUCAAAGAUCACACAGAUGAAAAUAGGAAAGCAAGAGGUGGUUAGUGCCCCAGACCUUCGCUUUGAGGAGUAUCCUGGCCCGCAAUUAAUUACCUUGUUAAGGAUGUCCAAUGAGGUCAGCACCUCUUGUGAGGAACACGAAGAUGACUCCAUUCCAAAUUAUUUCAGCAUUCAGAGUUUACCUGCACAUAUUCUGGGACAGCAUGGAGCAGAUCUUCUACUUGACAUUGACAAUUGUGUCUUCUAUCCAGGCAUACUGGGAAUUAUAUGUCUGAGAACAAAGCUCAUUUUCACCUACCUGGAGUUAACAGAGGACCACAUAAACUUCAUUCAGAAAGGAACUCUAAUGGGAGCUAAAGGUGCCUCCAUCCAGUACACACGUCCUUAUGAUUACUGGAACCCAGAGGAUAGAAAAGAAAUAUUUAGUACUCUGUUCUGGUUAGGACACCUUCAAACAGCAAGUGAAUGGCAUUGGUGAUGCCUCAAAACAAAUAAGAAAUCUAUUGUUAUCAUAUUCUGUUUCAUCUUCAAAUGUCCAGUGAAUAGCAUUGGUGACUUUUCAACAAAAACAAGAAAAUCAUUACAAAUAUAUUCUGGAGUCACGAAUCAUUGUACCACUUGAUGUCAGUAAAUAAACUGCUUUGUUA